CAGUCUCGUCUCACGGCCUCCGACGCCUGCGCCUAGCUUAGGGUCCAUGCCGCCUUUGCCGCGCCUAGCCGCCGCGCCCAUCUUAGCGCCAGAUGGCGGCGCCACAGGCCAAGCACACGCGCGCCCAUCGGCGUCGCAGCUCGAGCCUCUCACACACACUCGGCCUUGUCUUGCGCAUGGUGUGCCCUCUCUGCAAACAGCGAUGCCCGGACUCCGUGCGAUUGGCACCACAGGGUCACGGGCAGGUCGCAGAGGCAGUCGAGUCUCGCCGCAUCGGAUCAGCUCCCGCCGGGUCAUGCACGGCGCCUUCCCGCUGCGCGUGCGCGGCGGAUGCGGGAGAGAUGCGCCGGAGCGUGCGUGCCACAGCAGCCAGCCGCGGGAGCUCCGCCGUGCAAGACGCCGCAGCACCAGCGCAACGGGUGCGGCGAGCUCGCUCCUCCUGCCACGCUUGCCCAUCCGCCGGCGAGGAGAUUGCGAGGGCCGCGCCAUGUGUGCUGCGUGCGCCCGAGGCAGCGGCCCCCGGUCCGACGCGCGCGCCGCACACGCGCGACCCGAGAGAGGAGCUCCGCGCAGCACGAGGCGCGCCAAGCAGCGGGCAAAGGCGCGAAAAGGGCAAAGAGGCUCGAGAGAAGGGCGCGGGAGUGCCUCCUCUCCUCUGCGCCCUUCAGCGCACCCAAAGACGCCGCUGUGGCGCACGCACGCUGCCGUCCCGUGCGCGUGGCUGCGUUUGGCACGCGCCGCAGCCAUGGACGCCGCAGCUGAACUUCUCCUGAUGAGCGUUCUCAAGAGCUGCCGCAUCAGCUAUGCGCAUGCGCAGGGCCCUCGGAUGCUGCACAGCGGGUGCAUGAACACGGCCCAGACCCGCUGCGACGUGCGCACGCUGCGUGAGCCGGCGGCAGCGUUGCCAUGCGUCCCCCGAGCUGGCUCGGUGGGCUCAGCCGGCCUGGCGAGCUGGCCUCCGAGGCUCACGGAGCAGG